GGACUAGUAUCUUCUCGCAGACGCAAAAGAUUUCUGCGCAGUGCAGCAGACAGACAUCCCAUCCCCAUUCCCCUCCUCCAAGUUGAUCGCUCUCUGCUUUUCUCGAGGCACACCACCAUUGCCUUGUCUCGAAGCGACUCCUCCUCCACGAGGCGGCGGAAACCCCCUUCCUCCUCCUCCUCCUCGCGAAUGCCGCCUGCUUGCUCCGGUGCUCGCAAGUGAGCGGCUCGUGAGCCCCCGGCCGUGCCGCGGCAUGGGGGAGAUGUAUUUCGACGACGUGAUGCCCUCCUGGUCGGCAACGGGGAUCACCGCCGACGACCUCUACGGAGACAAGGUUGAGACUAUUCCCUGCAACUUCAAGUCACUUGAUCACUAUCUCAUAUCGGAUCAUGUGCCUCUGAUUGAAGAAACAAGCAUGAAACCUGAAGCUGCAGACCAUGGUCUGACAUAUUGUUUAGCAAUGGUAACUGAGGCUUCUGUUGAUGAUGAAUACCAGAAGGGCUUCCGACUCAAAGUUGCAAAGGAUAUUGGUUUUCAGAUUGAGACUAUUCCCUGCAACUUGAAAUCACUUGAUCACUAUCUAUCGUAUCGUGUGCCUCUGAUUGAAGAAACAAGGUCAGAUCUAAGCUCACCCCUUGACGUUUUAAUUGUUGACGAAGCUGCUCAAGUGCGGGAGUGUGAAUUGGUGAUCCCACUACGUCUGCAUUGGGUGAAACAUGUUGUUUUGGUAGGAGAUGACUGUCAGCUGAGCUCAAUGGUUAAAAACAAAGUAUGCAAAGAAGUUGGAUUUGGGACAAGUCUUUAUGGGAGAUUGGUUAUGCUAAAAUUUGGACAACAUUUGUUGCAUAUACAGUAUCGCAUGAAUCCUUGUAUCAGCUUAUUUCCAAAUGCUCAAUUUUAUGAGAAGAAGAGUUUGGAUGGUCCCAAUGUCCUGUGUCCUAGUUAUAGUAAGGAUUACACAUGCCUCCCUUUUGGCACCUACACGUUUAUAAAUGUCAGUGAUGGAAGGGCAGACAAAAAGGGCACGGGAAACAGUCGGAGAAACAUGGUUGAAGUUGCUGUUGUUUCGCACCUAAUCCAUACCAUCUUUAAAUCUUGGAAAAGGACAGGCCAAGGGCUCAGCAUCAGCGUGGUCUCUCCAUAUGAUGCUCAAGUUGAUGCAAUUAAAAGUCGACUUGGCAAAAAAUACGAUACAUGUGAUGGCUUUCGUGUGAGGGUGAAGUCCAUUGAUGGUUUCCAAGGAGAGGGUGUUAUAAUAAUAGCAUCAACUGUUAGAUUCGAUGGGAGACCUGUUGGAUUUCUUGCUGAUAACCAAAGAACAAAUGUUGCUCUUACUAGAGCAAGGCACUGUCUUUGGAUUGUUGGGAAUGCUUAUGCAAUGUAUAAAAGUGGAACCAAAUGGACAAAUAUUGUUACUGAUGCAGAGAGGCGUAAAUGCGAUUGCAGUGCCACUAAUGAUGCAACUAUCUAUAAGUUUGUUUUGCAAGUGAAGCAAGAGCUUGAUGAACUUGGUCUUCUUAAUACCGAAUCAUUGGAUUUGAACAGUACCAAAUGGAAGCCCACAGUUAAAUUGAUUAUGGGCGAAUCGGGAAAAAGAUAUGUCUCUAAUGCAAAUGCUAAAAGUGAAAGUUCAGCCAUUGCAGAUGAAGGCUAUGGCAAUGAUUUUCUCUUGUCCUGGAAGGUACCAAAAUCUGGAAAAGACACAAUUGACUUCGAUGUCGAGUCAGUUCCGAAGAGUAUUAGUAUGUUUACCUUCAACAUGGAAUUCAGAAAUGUCAAACCUGCAUUGGUGAAUGAAACUGUAACCUUUUCUCUUCUGACGAAAUCUGCAAAUUGGAAACCAAGCAGGCCUCCCCAAGUAACUUCCGAAAUUACCUUGAAUCAACGAAAUGGUGCCAGUAAGAUGAUGAAAAGGACCGACUUGAAAAGGGAACACAAGCAUGCACAACCUGAAAAACUUAAUAUCACGUCAGCAACAUCAUACAGCCCUGAAUUACAGGGGUUGUCAACUACUUCCUUGAAUUCUAAACAUGGAGCUGAGCUUCCUAGUGCUCCGAGCAGUACAUCAGGCAGUGCAGAACCGAAUAAUGCAACUUUUAAGGUUGUUAUCGAAUUCCUAAACUUGUACUUUGAGUUUCCGGUGGAUGGAAAUUGCAUGAUACGUUCAGUGGCUUCUCUUGCCCUUAGCAGCAAAGGAAUUACGUUUGUUGACGGUUACUUUAGUUGUCAACUAGAGUACUUCUCUGGAGAUGAGAUCAUUAAAAGCACAACUAUCACGACAGGUUCUAUUCUACACAUUCAUCUGCGCCUGAAAGGUGGAACUAAUAUUAGAAGAUCAGGAGAAAGCAACUGUCAAUCAAAUAAAAGACUGAAAACAAUAGAUCGUUUGGAACUUGAUAUGUAUAUCAGUCUUUUGAAGAGCAAACGGUGCCAAUUAUGGUUUGAGAGAGUGAACCUGUCAUAUGAUCUCUGGUGGGGUGGUUAUGCGUCAGAAGUUCAGUUAGGUCCUGACUCUCGAAGGACUUUCACAUUGCUAAUUGAUAGCUUCGAGCGAGUGCAUGAUACAGGAUAUUGUUACAAUGGUUCAGUCCCAAUUGAUCAUAUCUUUUACAACUCCAAGCUAGGUGUAGUUGAGAUAGUCAGCUGUGAUGCCACACUAUCUGCGAUUACUCCGUUGGGGUUGUUUAAUGACUAUUCAACCAUUGUGGAACUUGUGAAUACAUAUUUCAGUUAUAUGCAAUGCGGCAUCCGCCGGUAUCCCAUGUAUGUUCAAUCUCUGCUGACGGAAAUUGAUCAGAUUUUAACCAAGCCUCAGCUUUGUUUGAAUUCAACUAGCAGAGCUGCUCUGAUUAGACCUCUCUGUAACAUGUCCUCAUCCCAGAGAUUGAACAUGUUCACAUCUGUAAUCAACUGUGCAAGGACUAAUACAAGGCUUCAACUUGCAUUGACUCAAAUUUUGAUUCAAUGGACUCAUGACUUCCAAACUCCACCUCCAGUACGUGUUCCCUUGGAGUUCUUGGCCAGAUACAAGUUUCAGCUUCCUGAUGGUACAAACAAGAAUUAUCUCGAUACUUUAUUCUCACAAACUGACUAUGGAAGAUGCCUGAUUAGCCAUUCAAAGUUCUCAGGGAAAGAAUUAGAUGCAGCAUUGUAUCAUAAAUGGGAAUCAUUGCUGGUGAACCUUCAAUCAGUUAUUAUUAGGGUGUUGACAGAUAAUGAACCUGCCCCUGAGAAGGUGCCACUUGUACCUGUUCAGUCUGCUCAACAAGUCCACUUCUCCCCAUCAUCUGAAAUUGACCUAAGAGAAAUUAUCGGAUUAGUGUAAUGUAACAUAUCAGCACAAAAUAUUGGCCAGGGGUUCACAAGAUUGCUGCUGCACUGCCAAAAUGGAGACCGUUUCAUCAGAAAGUCAAGGAAGCUAUGGUGUAUGUUAACCUGAAGUCCGGCAAAUCACCCAGUUCCACUGAACUUUUCUGUUCUUAGUACCGAUGCCUCCAGAUGCUGCUUCACCAAUGUGUUUGUUUAGCUUACUGUUUGGGAGAAUCAUAUGUGUUCUCUGAUGACAAAACAAUUUGGAUGAAUUCACUGUCGCCUGUGACACUUGUUUUACCUGCAUCACAUUUAAACAGGGUAUGUUUUAAGCAGAACAUCAACAACCUGUGCUUGUAAAACUGUACACUCUUUUGUUUGUGCUUGUAUCAUUAUUUCUUGAAGGGCA